AACGACAGCCCGCCCCCACCGCGUUCCGUUGCCCGCGCUCCUCCUCCGCCGCGGCCUCUGGCGCUGAGCGAGGCUGCCCCGGUGCAGUAUGGAGGCGAAAGUAAGGUCCACGCAGACUAUGGGGGGCGCGUGCUCUGUGUUGGCGGAGGAGACCGAAAAGUGGAUGGAACAGUCGAUGCAAAUGGCCAAAGAAGCCCUAGAAAAUAUUGAGGUUCCUGUUGGCUGCCUUUUGGUCUACAACAAUGAAGUUGUAGGGAAGGGAAGAAAUGAAGUCAAUCAAACCAAAAAUGCUACUCGACAUGCAGAAAUGGUGGCCAUCGACCAGGCCCUAGAUUGGUGUCGUCGACAUGGCAAGAGUCCUUCUGAGGUGUUUGAACACACAGUGCUGUACGUCACCGUGGAGCCGUGUAUCAUGUGCGCAGCCGCUCUCCGCCUGAUGAAAAUCCCGCUGGUUGUCUAUGGCUGUCAGAAUGAACGAUUUGGUGGUUGUGGCUCUGUUCUAGAUAUUGCCUCUGCUGAUCUACCGAAUACUGGGAGACCAUUUCAGUGCAUCCCUGGAUAUCGGGCUGAGGAAGCAGUGGAGAUGUUAAAGACCUUCUACAAACAAGAAAAUCCAAAUGCACCAAAAUCAAAGGUUCGGAAAAAGGAAUGUCAGAAAUCCUGAACUUGUUCUAAUGAAAGACUUAUGCUCCUGGACGACAUUCUUGGACAGAAAGCUGUUGACACUGUUGAACCAUAUGUUUAUAUAUUGUCCUUGAUCCAUGGGAAAAUGGUUUUUCAUCAUUUGCUCUGUUAAGGGAACAAAUUAGCACUUUUAAAAAGUCUGACAACUGCAAACAACUUCUAGAUUUUCCACAAGCUGGAAGAACAUUUUUAAGAAGGGGAAAAAUUAAAGAUUGACGUUUCAGAAA